CACAGACCAAUAUAAACAAAUUAACGAUGGUAUUCCCUCUCUGACAAAUGGAUUGAAAAUGAUUUGGAUAUUAUCAUCUUAUUAUUCUUCUGAAGAGAAAAUGAUAUCCUUAUUUGAAAGAAUUUCAUGGCAGCUUUGUCAAAACAUCAAAAAAAAUUUAUCAAUCAACAAGUUAUUUAACAAUCCAUUAGAAAUUGUUUCACAAAAAUCCAAAGAUGCGUAUGAAAUGAUGAAAAAUUGGAAAAAAUCGUAUUUAAAAACAAGAGAUGAUAUUGAAGAAUCAGGAAAGGGUGCACGUUGGGAAUUCGAUCAAAGACAUCUUUUUCAAGAAACAGAAUACAUAGCCGGCGUUUGUAAUGAUUUUAAUACCAUAGCCAAUGUUCUUCAAGAUUUUUACAAUAUAUUUGGCGUAGAUCUGAAAUCAAUUAUUUAUGAGCCAGCACAUAUUGAUACAAUUAUAAAACGAAUUGGAUUAUUAUUAGCACCAUUUAAAUUGGCUGAUUUCGAUGUCUUCAGUCCUUUCAAUAAAGAAAAUUGGGAAGCAACGAUGUCGCGUUUUAACGCCGAAGUUUCUUAUCUAGAAAAUGAUGCGAAAUUUUUUAUUGACGAAUGUUUUAAUGUUCUUAUCAAUGCAAAGGAUGGGCUAAAAAUGCUUUUCAAAUUCAAGGAUAGAAAGACUAGAGCUACUAUACGGGAAAUUUUAUCUAGUAAAUUCGAAAUCACUAUGCAACAAUUCAGUAAAGAAAUAGGCUCUGUGGAAAAUAUAUACAACAGAGGUAAACGAAAUCCUCCUUUACUGAUGUACCAUCCACCAAUGGCAGGAGCAAUUUUUUGGGCGAGACAAUUGUUUUAUUGCCUUAGAGGACCAGUGUUAUAUUUUCAGAACAUACAAGAAUUAAAACAUAAUGAAUUGAAGCUUAUGAGUUUCAGUCAAUAUCUUGAUAUAGGUAAACAAUUGAAGGCUUUCGAAGAAAUUAAGUUCAAUAGUUGGGUACACAAAGCUGAAGAAACUAUUACGAACAUUAUGAAGAGUAAUGUAUUAAAAGUAGUACAAAUGGUGGAGUAUGAAGAAGGUUUUCAAAAAUUCCAUCUUGAUUUUAUUAUAAUUUAA